AUAACUUUCCCCACACAGAGCUCGAUGGAGGAGAAAGUGGGAGUGUUAUCUCAACGGCCAGUCCGGCGCCCGUCAGCAGUGGUCAUCUCUCAGCGUAACUGGUUCCUCAUCCGGGCUCUGGCCAUUGCCACGUCAUGUCUGUGCGUUUUGCUGAUCAUCGCACUGAUCGUCGUGGUCAUCAUAAAGACCACGCCCCCUUACUGCUCCUCGUCCGAACUGGUCGGGAAGGGGCCCAAUCUGGAGAACCCUGGCCUCUUUAACGAUUUGACCCCGAAUGAGAUGGAAGCGGUCCGUGACUACAUGCUAGGUCAAGACCGACUCGGUCUCACGCCGUACGAGGAUGCGACUGUCAACUCUAGCUACAUCUACAUGAUCACGCUACAAAGCCACCUGAAAGACACCAUGCUCAAAUUCCAGACGGGGAAUCAUCGGCGACCGCGGCGAGCAGCGAAAGUUGUAGUGUACAGAGGUGACCAGAGGCCCGCGCGGGUGGAGGAGUAUCUAGUAGGUCCCUUACCCCAGCCCAGCUACGCGCGUGCUUUGUGGAGUCCGGCGUAUAGGCGGGUCCCCAUCCCCUACACCAGUCGGCCGGUGGACACCAUAGAGAGGAAACAACUCAAGGAGUUUCUCAACGUCAUCACGGAGGAAUUGCAGUCCUUGUUUCGGGAGAGUUAUGGCUUGUCAUAUCACAACUGCUCGCGCGGUGAAGGGUGCCUCAUCUUCCGGGACUUUGCGCCGCGCGGAACGGAGAGUGGACAGCGCAUGUCCUGGUUCUGGGCCUACAGGGAUAAAGACGGGUCUUAUCUGCACCCGCUAGGCUUUGCCGUGCAGAUAGACCACAAGGAUCCUGAUCCUAGCAUGUGGGUGGUUACACGGGUCAUGUAUAACGGUCAGCUGUUCUACGAGAUAGAGGACCUGGCUCAGCGUUACGCCCAGGGAAGUCUCCGAAAGAUCGUGGGGAUGAUGGAUCCGGUGGACGCUCAGUUCUCGAGCUACAAGCGCCGGGGACACGCUUCGUUCGACACGCCUCUCCGCGGACCCCGACUCGUGGAGCCAGAUGGACACCGGUACUCCAUAGACGACCAGUUCGUCAAGUAUUUCGGCUGGAGCUUCAACUUUCAUAUGAGAACUACCACAGGUCUGCAGAUCCUGGACGUAUACUUUCAAGGAGAGAAGAUCGCUUACGAGCUUUCGCUCCAGGAUAUCACAGCCUUCUACACCGGCUACACCCCCGAGACCAGCUGGCUGGCCCUGUAUGGCGUCUCCUGGCUACUCGGUGCCUCCUCGUACGAGCUGGUACCCGGAGUAGACUGCCCAGCUACAGCCUCCUUCAGAGACGCUUACCAUUACGUAAACACGGGUAAGCCGCUGAGGUACAAGAACUCUGUAUGUGUCUUCGAACAUUCCUCGUCCCUCCCUCUCCGCAGACACUUCUCUCGCGAUACUGAUGGGAAGUUUAAUUCUUACGGUGGGCUGGUGUCCAGCAGUCUCGUGGUGAGAACGAUCAUCAGCCUGUGGAGCUCCGACUACAUCCUCGACUAUAUCUUCCAUCUAGACGGAGCCAUCGAGCUGAAGAUCUCCCUCACAGGCUACGUUCAUGCGUCUUACGACCUGACAGGACAGAGACCUUACGGUAACCGUCUCCAUGACAACGUACGUGGGAACUUACACCAACACCUGUUUCACUGGAAGGUCGACCUGGACAUCGAGCAGACGAGUAACAGGUACCAGACGCUUGACUUGUCCACAGAGUCCGGCUCCAGUUUCUGGUACGAGGGCGAGGUCAACAAAACACAACUCAAGUUUGAGCCGGUGCUGAAAGAGGACGAGAGAGACGCCAGUGCCCCCUACGACUUCGACCAGCCUCGCAAACACAUCAUCUAUAAUCGCAAGGCGGAUAACCGGUUUGAAGCUCACAGGGCUUACGAGAUCAUCAACGAGGCUAAGAGCAAAUUCCUGUUGGAAAAUUCCGCCAUUACCAACGCUGCCAGCUGGGCGAGAUACCAGAUCGCUGUCACCAAAUACAAAGACAUAGAAGACGCCAGCUCGUCCAUCUACGCUCAGGGCGACCCCUACGACCCUGUGCUGGACUUUGCUCGCUUCCUGGAAGACAACGACACGAUCGUGGACACGGACCUCAUCUUUUGGCUCACCUCCGGCCUCUACCACAUCCCUCACGCCGAGGACGUGCCUAGCAGCUCCAGCACGGCCACACAGUGCCGCGUCAUCCUCCGGCCCUACAACUUCUUCAACCACUGCCCCAGCCUGGCCGUCAGUGACGCGCUACUGGUCAAACGACAAGCCGACGGCCGCCUGGACUUUGACACAUUCGGCAUUAGCUCGGAGGAGCCACGCUGUUACCAGAGAGAAAAGGAGAUGACUGGUUUUUCAGGAACAGUAGACACUUUAUCAUGAUAUUAUUUUGUUUAAUUCUAAAUAUAUAUAAUAGAGAGAGAAAAAAUGACGAUUUUUCAAGAACAGGAGACUCCUUCUGUUGUCAUUUUAUAUAAUUCUAAAUCUUGAAGAACAUGGCGAUUUUUAGGAACAAGAGAUCAGAUACUUUAUGAUGCCAUUUUGAAUAAUUAUAAAAGAAUAGAAAGAAAUGACUUGAUUUUCAGGAACAAGAGCCACUUUAGGGAGCCAUUUUGAAUAAUUCUAAAUCAAGAAAGAAAUGGCUUGAUUUUCAAGAACAGUUGACAUUUUAUUCUGCGUUUUGUAUAAAAAAUUCUUAAACUAGAGAGAAGGAAGUACGUCAUACGUUUAUGUUUCCAUGAUAAACGGAAACUGCAGAGACGUUAUUAUGGUAUGUUCCUAAAACAAUGACAAAAAAACUUGAUUUGAAGGAACGCUUUAUGAUGUUAUGUUAAAUUCCUCUAGGAGGAAAGGAGUUGAUUUUCAGGAACAGUAGGUGCUUUACGAUGCUAUUUUAUAUUCCUUAAACUAUGUGCGUUUGAACAUUUUUAUAUAUGUGUGAGUAUGUGUGAAUGUGUGCGUGGUUGUGAGUGUGUCUGUGUGUAGGUGCGCGUGU